UUAGAUUCAGCCAGAAUCUUUCACAUGUAUGGUAUCAGAACCUCAUUUCACUUCCUUCACGUCUUCAACCAUGGGAGCUAAAUCAUAACAAACUAGUCAAAUUUUUGUGAAUAAAAACGAAACCCUAAUUUUUGGUUCUCAAUCUCUCUUUGGUCGUGCGAUUUGAGCUCCAACUCUUGAGGAAAAGAUGAGCAAUCUGAGGACAAUCUGUAGGCCACACGCGGCCUUCUUCUCCUCCUUGGUGUGUUGCAGGCAGCGAGCUCGAGCUAGGGCUUCAUUUCGAAACCCUAACUACAAGCCUCGCUUCUCCUCGCCGUCUUCGUUCGCUCCCUGGUUCGAGUCCUUGGGUUCGAAUGGGACUGAGCCGUGGUUCCGUGGGAGCCAGAGGAGGACACUGGUUCGGGCGUCCAAAUGGUCCGAUCAGAAAUCCCCCUACGACACUCUUGAGUUAGAAGGAGAUGCUGAUGAAGAGCAGAUAAAGUUUGCUUACAGACGCUUGGCCAAAUUCUAUCAUCCAGAUGUGUAUGACGGUAGAGGGACUCUUGAGGAAGGGGAAACGGCUGAAACUAGGUUUAUUAAGAUUCAAGCUGCUUAUGAAUUGCUCAUAGAUGAGGAGAAGCGGAGGAACUAUGAUAUGGACAACCGAGUCAACCCAAUGAAAGCAUCUCAAGCAUGGAUGGAGUGGCUUAUGAAAAAGAGAAAAGCUUUUGAUCAGCGGGGUGAUAUGGCCAUUCAAGCGUGGGCUGAGCAGCAGCAACGUGAGCUGAAUCUCCGUGCUCGUCGUCUUUCGCGUUCAAAGGUUGAUCCUGAAGAAGAAAGGAGAAUCCUCGCUAAAGAAAAAAAGGCAUCCCAGGAGUAUUACUCCAACACCCUUAGGCGGCAUACACUUGUCUUGAAGAAAAGGGACUUGAUGCGAAAGAAAGCAGAGGAAGAGAAGAAAAAGGUUAUCAGUCGGCUUUUAGCUGCCGAGGGCCUUGAGCUUGACGCAGACGGUGAUGACGAGGCACUGUAGGCAAUUUGCAUCUUACUACAGAAUACAUUCUGGAAUAUUUGUUGGUGAUACAUAUAUUUAUUGUACAAGAAAAAAAAAAGUUGUAUAUAUUAUUCCUUCCAUAGUUGAAAAGAAAUGAACAGAGAUGAUCGUUACACAUUUAA